UGGGGAAGGAGCACUUCCUCCUCCUUCUCCUCGGGGGGGGGGGGGAAUGGGGGGUCCUUUAAAAGCUGGGAAGCAGGCAUUGUACCCAGUGUUGAGAUCUGGGCUCCCCAGCACCAUGUCUGGAUUGGGCCCAGCCACGGCAUCACUGGAGCCAGGCCUUACCGGGUCCCUGAACCGAGGCCAAGCCCAGACUUACGGCACCGGUGGGAGCCCCCUGCCCCCGCAGCACCCUGGCACCCGGGAUCAGACCUACCUGGAUGAACUCAUCAGCAUCCCCAAGGGCAGUGGGACCGGUUUCAGCUUUAGGAAACUCUGGGCUUUCACCGGCCCCGGCUUCCUCAUGAGCAUCGCCUACCUGGACCCGGGCAACGUGGAGUCCGACCUGCAGUGUGGGGCAGUGGCAGGAUUCAAGCUGCUGUGGGUGCUGCUGUGGGCCACCGUCCUGGGGCUCCUGUGCCAGCGCCUGGCCAUCCGGCUGGGUGUAGUGACGGGGAAGGACCUGAGCGAGAUUUGCUACCUCUAUUACCCCAAGGUGCCCCGCGUGCUGCUCUGGCUCAUGAUCGAGAUCGCCAUCAUCGGCUCUGACAUGCAGGAGGUGAUAGGGACAGCCAUUGCCUUCAGUCUGCUCUCGGCCGGCCGCAUCCCCCUCUGGGGUGGGGUCCUCAUCACCAUUGUGGACACUCUCUUCUUCCUCUUCCUUGACAAGUACGGGCUCCGCAAACUGGAGGCUUUCUUCGGCCUCCUCAUUACCAUCAUGGCCCUGACCUUCGGCUACGAGUACGUGGUGGUGAGGCCGGGGCAGGCGGAGGUGCUGAAGGGCAUUUUCCUGCCCUACUGCCCGGGCUGUGGGCGAGAGGAGCUGCUCCAGGCCGUGGGCAUCGUCGGUGCCAUCAUUAUGCCCCAUAAUAUCUUCCUCCACUCCUCCUUGGUCAAGACACGGGCAAUCGACCGGUCCAAGAAGGAUGCCGUGCAGGAGGCCAACAUGUAUUUCCUGACCGAGUCCUGCCUGGCCCUAUUCAUCUCCUUCCUCAUCAACCUCUUUGUCAUGGCUGUCUUCGGCGAGGCUUUCUACCACCAACGAAAUGAGGACGUGCACAACAAGUGCAUCAACAGCAGCAUCAGCCACUACGCUGGCAUCUUCCCUGCCAACAACGAGACAGUCUCUGUGGAUAUCUACCAGGGGGGUGUCAUCCUGGGCUGCUAUUUCGGGGCGGUGGCACUAUACAUCUGGGCCAUCGGGAUCCUGGCAGCAGGACAGAGCUCCACGAUGACCGGGACCUACGCAGGGCAGUUCGUCAUGGAGGGCUUCCUGCAGCUCCGCUGGUCCCGCUUCGCCCGGGUGCUCUUCACCCGCUCCUUUGCCAUCCUGCCCACUGUCUUCGUGGCUGCCUUCAAGGAUGUCAGCCACCUCACAGGCAUGAAUGACCUGCUCAAUGUCCUGCAGAGCAUCCUGACUAGGGAAGGUGCUGAUGACCCUCAUCACAGGGCUGGUCUGUGCAAUCAACAUCUACUUCGUGGUGGACUUUCUGCCCACACUGCAGGGCCUGGGGUACUACAUCCCCCUGGGCCUGCUGCUGGCCGCCUACGUGGCCUUCGUCAUCUACCUGAUCUGGACGUGCAGCAUUGCACACGGAGCCCAGUUCCUGGCCCGGGGCAACCACCACAACCGGUUCAGCUUUGGCAUCUCCAUCGACCCGCCGGCCCUGGCAGGGGCCCAGUGACAAACCCCAUCCCCCAUUACUGUCCCCCAUCCCUGCCCAGCACGGUCCCCUGCACCGGGCGCUGGUGUGAUACCAGACCGAGCCUGGGGAUGGUGUUCUGGGUAGAGAUGCACCCAGCAAGGAAGGGGCAAGGAAGGGGUUAGCAGACGGGCAGACCUCCUCCCCCGAGUUUUAAAAGCCCCCCCCCAAUUCAGGGGUACUGGUGCAGGCUGGAUGCGGGGGGGGGGGGGCCGCGGGAGGUGCCCCCAGCCCUCGGCACAGAGGCUGCAGUGAAGUAGCGGCCCCGCAGCCCUCCCCUCCUCAUCAGCGCCGGGAGCCGCCGGCCCCCGGGACCGCUAAUCGCCGCCCGGGACCGCUGAUCACCUCCCGGGACCGCUAACCAUCCCUCGCCGCCCGGGGCGGCGGGGCCGGACCCAGCCCCCGGCCCUGCCGGAGCCCCACGGGGGACUCCGAAACUUGCGGGGGGGCGGGGGGAGGACACGGACAGGGCUGGUAAAUGGCCUGUUUGUAACCUGA